CACGGAGACGUUGGGUUGGUUUUUAGUUUGAUAUGCUCUCUUACUGAUGUAUUUAUGAUCUAUAACAACAGUUAAAAGACACAGGAAAGGCUGAAGAAAUGAAGGCAUGAUUUGUAGGUGCUGACACUUUCAGGAUCCUAAAGAAGCUCGGCCUACGAAACACAGUUCUCAGUCAGAUGUUGGCACCAGUUCAUCUAAAGUCCAGUUGAUUUUGAACACUAUCUUCUGUUAAAUCUUGAGACACUUGUGGAUGUUGUUUCAGGCAUUUGACAGAUGCAGAUAACUCUGAGUCAGGACUCAUGACCUGGUUACAAGUUCAUCUGUGCCCAUCAGUGAUGUCUGUGAGCGCCCUCCUGCGAUGCACCACUAGCUUGCUGUCAGGUUCUACAGCAGAGGAACCUGGAGAGCCAUAUUUCUGAAACCUUUUAAAACUGCUUCAACACACCUGAAACGAAUGGCUCAUUAUUGGGCCUCUGCAAAACCUAAAGAGACGGUGAGGUGGAAAUGAAGCCAUCUGAUUCCAAUGCUUUGGAGCAGGAAGUCAUCUAAUAAUUGAAAAACUUGGGAAUAGGGUUCCUGAUUUAAAGUAAGCAUUCAAGCAGAAAAACAGCUCAUCUAUUAGGUAGGUCACAGAGGCAGCAGGCGAUGGCUUUCCUAGUCCAGCAGAGAGCUCUGUCAGCUGGACAGAGCUGGACAGAGGCUGUCAACGCUCUCAGACCAUUUUAUUUUGCUGUUCAUCCAGACUUCUUUGGUCAAUUCCCCAGAGAACGGGAAGUGAAUGAAAAUUCUUUGAAGCAAUUAAAUGGCUACAUGGAAAAUUUGCAGAAGCCUGGCUUAAAGUUAGUUCAGCCAAUAAAGCUCACCUUUUAUAUCAGGGACACUAAGGAGAGCACUGAGAAGCAGCCAGACAUUGUCUCUUCAGGUUUCCGUUCUGUGAGUUUCAUUCUACACACAAAUGAUAUUUUGAGUACCGUGAUGAAUGUACUGACAUCCUGCAGUUUGCCUGUGGAGCACAUGGAGAGACAUGAAAAAAGCUUUGGGACAUGUCAAAGUGGGCCUGACGGAGGAGAAUCUUUUCAUAGACCCAUAAAGUGGGAUAAAAGCUACUACACCUUCACUGGGUUCAGAGAUCCUGAGCAGGAGCUGCAGCAGACCAAGAGAAUGGAACCUACACUCCAUGGUUGGCUGAGAAACAGUGAACCUGAUGCAACAAAGAAACACAAUGCUAGUCUUCCACGGAGAGAAGAGCUGAGCAGAUUGAAGAAGGAACUGUGUGAAAAGUUUCUUUUGGCAAAUAUCAGGUGGCAGCGCAGCUGGGGAGUGGCCCAUAAGUGCUCUCAGCUUCAGAGUCUGACCCGACUGUCUCACCAGAACCCAGAGGACCUGAUCAAUCUGCAAGGCCAUACUGUUGUGUUCGCUGACCAGUCGGGCAUGAAUGCUUCUGGAGACGUCAUGCUGGGAACCAUGGAUGUUCACCAUCAGUGGACCAAAUUAUUCCAGCAGCUGCCCAGCUAUCGGAGUCUCCAGCAGCAAACAGACUGGUUGAAGGAAAGAAUCAGUUGCCUUCUGGGUGGAUCCCAAGUAAUCCACCUCGGAUCAGUCCAGCCUAUCGCUGACCACUACAGCACGCUAAAUGCUUUCCACAAGAGCCUGAUGUCCCGACGCCUGCACCUGCAUCCCAGGAGCCUGCAUGGCCUCACCAUGGUGCUGGACAAUGAUCGCUCUACACCUGGUCUCCAUGAGAUGGGGCACUUCAUUAUCCCCAUCAACUGUGACCCUCUCGAGCUCCAGCUGUUCCUCCAGAGCCAUGCCCCUGAGGCCAGAAGUCGCACCCUGCAAAGACAUCAGUUGCAGGUGGAAGAGGAGGCAGUGGUGCAGCUCUGUGUCCAGAGGCUGUCUCUGAGGGGCCUCUCCAAGGAGCCCAGCUUGAGCUCCAGUCACAUGAUUCUCUGCUGCAGGAGGUUCAUAGAGCAGCACCCCCCACUGCUGCAGGGGCUCCAUGUCUGUGUCUCCCACUUUUACUCUGUCAUGCAGGACGGCGACGUAUGUGUCCCCUGGGACUGGAAGAGCUGAGAAUUUAUAUAUAUAUAUAUAUAUACACAGUCGUGUUUUAUGGCUACUGUGGAUUCACCUCCGAGAAAUGUUUUGCAUUCACAAUCUAUAAAGAGAUAAGUGUAAAACUAGAAAACACAGCAAACCACAGAAACUGUAUGUUUAAGAAUGUAGAAAAUAAAACCGUUGUUCUAUCGCAUGAACAAACCCUGUU